CAAAUCUACAACCACUUGCGCAACCAAUAACAUUGCCGAGUCAGUGCUGCAAAGCUCACUUGGAGAUCAAGGUUUUUUUGUUGCGAAGGAUGAGUACUUCUAGCCCAUCAGCAGAUAACUACCCUGGAAAGUCGACAGCUGGGGUCGUUAAGCGAUCAUGCGAUCAAUGCAAGCUUCGCAAAAUUAGGUGCGAUUUCUCGCAGCCGUGUAAGAUGUGUCUCGCUCGUGGGUUUGAAUGCACAUAUCUGAAGCCUCAGAAGAAACGCGGUCCUGCUGGCAAGCGUCUUGCGCAAAUUCAGCAAGACCAAGGCCGUCUACAUCAUGAAAAAAAUUUGGAUCAACGUACUGAGGGGGUGAUAGCCCGCGUAUCAGAGUCAACUAGGGCGGCCGACAGCGAUACGACUUCGACCUCGUCACUGCCGGUACCAGGAUCCGAAUGGCCGCCUCAAGAAUUCGAUGCCCAUCUUACCGCGACAGAUCACGGAUCGCAGUCUGUUCCGGACAUCGUGAGCCCUAGCUUUGGAAAUGACCUACCAAUAUCCAAUACAGGUGACGUCGGCAUCUUCAACCAGGGUCAAGAUACAGAGUACUGGCCACCAGAUAGGGCGACAUCACAAAUACCACCGUUCGGUUUCCCGUGGGGGGGCUCAUUCGUAGACUUUGCAGCACUUCCGCCGGUAAUUGAUACGGAUUUUCAAGAAAACACUUCAAACCAGACAAGCAGGCGCCCGUAUGAUCUGGUAGUUCCUCCAGAGCAGUUAAGGGAAACUAUCUCACAUUGGCCAAGUUACAUCAGCGAGGCCAGUUUAAUUCCCUGGAUGGAUGUCUAUUUCGAUAGACUUCAUCCAACAAUGCCAGUCUUCAACCGAUCUACACUGUUCACCAAGAUUUAUCUCCAGGAACAUCGUCAUAACCCUUUAUUCGGCUCCAUGAUCUUGGCUCUUUGCGCGUUCGCGAUCACCCAGCCCAUUUUCAUUAGUGAACGGCCCACGUCCUCAUCACGGGAGCGUCAGGCGAAGCUGUUGAUGAACGAAGCCAUGAAAAUGCGUAGCUCUUUUGACUUUGGUGAAAGCCCAACAUUGGAAGCUGUCAUGACAAGCUUCUUCCUCUUUGGCUCUCUCUUUGGCACUAACCAGCACAAUGCCGCUUGGCUUCGUCUGCGAGAAACUAUUGACUUGGCUCAGACAAUGGGAUUAGAUGACUCGAAUGCGUACCAGGGAGAUCUUGGUGAAGAAACAGGUCAGAAGCUACGCGCAUACAUGGUCUUGUUUAUUACAGAGAGGGCAUAUUCAAUACAAAGACGACAUCCUAUCACCUUAAAACAAAUGCGUGACUCAGUACCGCCUAUCUCAGAUGAUCUCUUGAGCAGCUCUUCCCAUGGCCUUCUUUCGGGAAUGAUUGUAUUUAACGAGAAGGACGCCGCCGCAUUGAUGGGACUGUCGGUACUCAUGCAGCUUUUUAGUGCUAUCCAAGAUGAGUUUAUAGAUUGCUGGAACGCUACGUGUGCAGCAACUCAAGGAGGCUGCCCUAAAUCUAGUGAGCAGACGGUUUUGCUAGUGCAUGAGAAACUCGAGCGCGUCCAGGGUCGGCAUCUUUAUAGCCACUAUGACCGUCUCGUCCUAGAUGACCAACCACUAGACGAUGCGGCUAGGGAUGUACUUGAUGGACAGGCAAUUGUUACCCAGCAUGCCGACAUACUUGUAACGCAAAAGUGGCUUCAGAACCGGCUCUGGUGUCUUUGCUUGGCACACAACCUGCUAAAUUUACAAUCACCGCACCCCGAGCUACAGUUCGACUAUGCUAUCUGCCUAGCAGAAUCGACAUUGGCUCUGUGUCAAAAGCUGCCUCUGAGUUUCAUGGAAGCUCACGGAGUAGGAUUGAUUGAGAAGCUCUACGACAUUUCCGUGACGGCUAUUACUGUUUUAAGUGAUCCAGCCUUCCCGAUCAAGCGGCUUUCACCCAGCGUAACCCUCUUGCUGCCCUCUGCCUCUCUAUAUCCCGCACAGCAAGGCAUGGAAACGUCGCAUCAUACGCUUAUCCGCAGAUACUUGAAGGUUUUUAGCAUACUUCGAGGCGGCAAUCACCCAUAUUUGGGGAAGUAUGUGGCUCAUCUCCACUCUCUUGGAAUCGAUACCCCAAAUCUAGAAGCAUGUUGAUCUAGUC